UUGCCCUCACCCUCGCCCUCGCCUCCGCCCUCGCCCCUCUGGGUAUUUCCCCAUGCAAACACACCAUCUUUCUGCUUUCUUUCCUUUCCUUCUAACUUCAGUUCUUUGUACUUUCGCCCGCCCUAUUCAUUUCCCUACAAUUCAACCUGGCCUGAGUAGGCACAGCACUGACGGAAGAGAUUGAAAAGCAGACAACCAAAGAGACGGACAAAGGGACAAACAGACUGAUAGGCAGACAAAGAGAAUUCACCAUGGCUACUACUGUCGCUAUCGCCACCGACCUUGACCACCCCUCACAAGCGUUUCGUCCUCGCCCCUCGUUCCCUCGAGGACCUCAGCUAUCAUCACCAAAAUCUUCUGCGAAACUACGCAUUAUCCCCACUCGACUCGAUCCAAAGUCUGGUCAGCGAGUCAUUCUCUGGAAUGAUAUCGUGAGCCAAUUCCCAAAAGCUGAGCGCGUUGUCAAUGGAGAUCGCGCUAUCCUCUUCCUCACUAAUGAUAAUUUUGAAUACCUUGCUCCGAAGCGGAUCCCUCACCAUCCAGGCGAAGUUCUCGAUAUCAUCUUGCCUGCUCCUAAGUAUGACUCGGGUUACGGUUUUGUCCCUAGUAUUGACGAUAUGGCUCUCGUGUCACUUAAGAAAACUAGUGGGGAAGUGGAGCAAACACCCUCAGUCAUCCAUUCUUCUCAAACGUCCUGCCUGCCCACUUUCAAUGAUGACAACGCUGUCCAGGUCCUUGACCACACUACUCUCAUCACUCCAUCGACUACUUCUGAUAUUAUUUCUACAACCAUUUCAACUGCAAGCAUGACGACUGAGACAGCAAUUGUAAAAUCAAAUUCUCAGAUAUCUCUCCGCACUGCCACACAGCGCCAACAGUCGCAGAGCUCUCAGAUCCAAACUAUCCUCACAGGACAGGAGCUGCAGGCUGAGGAACUCAUGCGGUCAGUGCGAUAUUACUAUGAGCGUCUCCAGAUUGAGGUCCAAAAGAGUAACGAGCUUCAGGAACGAGUGUAUGCAAAACAAAAGGAAGCCAAGGAACUCAUGCUGAAGGGACAAGAAGAAACCCAGCAAUGGCAGCAGCGGAUCAUGGACCAACAGAUCUCCAUGAAGAAAUCAUUUGAAGAAAAGUCUGAAAAGAUGAUUCGGAUGCAGGAAGAGGCAUUGGGACGACUCGCACUGAUCCAGAACCGUAUCCAAGCUGUGCUCAGUCAGACAUACGAGCUACACGAGUAUCCCAUUCCACAUCUAUUUAUUGUCCUUCCAAAGCCUGCUCGACGGCGUGAUGCUCUCAUGAACCCAUUCUCGAACCAGUUCCGACUGUUCUUCCUCUGUGAGUGUGGCAAGCAUACAAUGACAGAGAACAGCAAGAUAUCACAUGAAAUCCAUCUGGCAAAGCAUGAAGGAUACGAUAUCGAGCGACCUACGGAGUUCUUCCAGAAAUAUGGACCUUAUGUGCUAACGAUGAUGGAGAUGAUCAAGUUUGGAUUUGCGGUGGCUGGGGUGGUUGUACCACCUCUUGCACACACAGGCCUGGUGGAUGGUGUUGAGGCUAUCAAGGGGAGCCUUGAUAUAGCUAACGAAAGCAUAGGGUCACUAGUUGACGAAACCAUUAACAUCAUCAAUAGCCAAUUUGCCAACGCAGAUGGAGGAAUGGAUUUGGAGGAUGGACAAAGCAGGCUGGACGAUGUAGAGGCGCUGGAGGGAGCAGAUCUUCGACAGCUAGAGUCUUUCCUUUCUGUUCAUGACGAAGGACGAGUCCUUGGUAACCUGUAUAGGAUAGUGACAACAGAAGGCAAAGUCAAGUGGGUAUGCAUUGAUCAUUACCGCGAGAACUAUCGAUCAGCAACCUUGCAACAGAUAAAGGAUUCACUUAUCUCGCAUAGAGCAGUCUUUGACGAAGAUGACACAAAGGUUUACCUCACGCUUCGACAAAAGGCUUUGUCAGGAGAUUUCUAUGAUAACUUACUCAAAAUGCGAGGUAUCCAGACCCUGGAGAUUGGAAUAGCUUGGGAUGCAACUCUGAAUGAUCUUCGUCAGCUUGCACAAAUUGUGUCAGAUGCCAAUAUUACAAAUCUCAAACUCUAUGGCAAUUAUUUUGAAAACUCCGCUCGUGACUUCUUCAAUAAUGGUCGUCGGUAUGAUCCGAUCGUUCAGCUUUUGCAGAAUCGACGCAUCCAAUCACUGGAGAUAGCUGAUUUUAAGGACUUUUAUGCACAUGUGUCCUCAACCCCCUUGGGAAUGGCACCACAGGUUAGAAGCCUUGCUCUUGGCUCCGACUUUGACGCUACAAACAAAGCUUCGAGAUCACUUUUGACGAGGAUCCUCAAGAGCUGUCCAGCCCUUGCAAGAUUGACGCUCUGGUCCAAACACUUUUGUCCGACGAUCGAUUUUUUGAUGGGCCAUAUUGGCCUUAUUCCCACAUUGGACCAAUUGAAGGUUGUUCAAAUGGACAUUCAUGCCAUCUUUAAGUUGUUUAGAGGCAAGAUUCACGCAACUUCCCUGCGAACCCUUGAUCCAUUGGCUGGGGUCGUAGCAAAAGAGCAGGAGUUCCUCAAGCGUGGACUUCUUACCAAGGUGAUAACUAAACGGGUCCAAGAAUUUACUGAAGACUUAUGGAUUGAGAUUUUGCGACUUAAUCCGAACGUGUCGGAAAUCGAUAUCGACUGUCAGGGUAGUAGUCAGGCUCUCGAACGUAUCCAGCUAAUAUCCGCUGUCAGGAUGAAGAUGGUGGCCGAUGUAGGCCACACAAGCCUCCGAACCUUGAAGUUAUCAUCGGGAAGCAAUCCAAUCCUUUCGCUUGAAUACGUUUUCAGUGACGAAAAUAAUAAUGCAGUUAACAUGGAGAGUGCUGGCACAUUUGUGGUGACGAAGCUUAAUACGACCAAUUUCGAACGGGGCCAUCCUGCGGACCCAUUGGGUAGUGUUCUGACUCGAUACGGAUCCAUGGUCGAGCGGUUAGUGAUUGACCUUCCAUUUAAAGACAGUCAUGCCAGUAUCCUGGACGAAGUAACUAAAGCACAGGGGUCAAAGCUGGUUGCGAUCGAAAUAGAAGACCUUGCGCUAACAGCUGAGGGCGGAGACAAGCUAGGUCAAAUCAUUGAGCGCUCACCUAAUUUGAGUCGACUCCAACUGUAUUUCGCCAAGCUGGACGUACCAGAGAAUCAGGAUCGAGCCGAGAGGAUCCUUCAGCAGUACGCGAAACGAACCACAGAGCUCGCAAUGCUCAAGUUAGGAGAUCCGGAGUGGGUUGCCAAGCUACUAAAAGCUGUCCCGACACGACAUAAUGUGCCAGCGCUGGUAAAUUUAAAACUCAACCUUUCUUCUAAGGACUCUAUGGCUCCUGAAAAUCUUAUUCAGUGGAUCACCAACAUGGUCAUGGGCCCACCUUCAACGGCUACAGCGGCAAAUAAUGCUGAUUCAGAACAGAACAAUGACUCCACCUCGACAACAGCACUAUCGCGGCGAACACUCAAUGCGAGCUUGGUGGUAGAAACAUCAGCUGGACUCGCGAAGCCUCUCACUCAAGAACUUCGACCAUGGGUCCCGCUUGAAAAAAUCUUCAUCACAAACACGAAGUUCCAGCCUCAGGACUGGGAAACGAUACUCAAAGCGAUUGAUUACACAGCUCUUGAAGAACUCGAUUUUGCAGAUACCAAUUUUGAUUUGGACCAACUCCAACUUUUGAUUGAUGUAAUUCAAACAAUUAAAAAGCGAGCAUCACCACUGCGACUCUUAAAACUUCAAAAUACUAAGUUUGAUGCGCAUGGAAGUCAUGACGUAGAGGUCCCUAAACCUAUGAUACAGGCGCUCCGUAAGAAGGCACCAUUGGUCAAAUUUGUUAAAUUUUAGAUCAAUUUAUAAUAUAUUGAGAAAAGCUACCAGAAACCAUGCUGCUUUGUAAUAAAAAGAGCAAUUUAAAUCUGAAUGUCUUUCUCUUCAACCGUCAGUUAUUACGUG